CCAGAACCUCAUCUGCAGAGCGGGAGCAGCUGUGGGUGGUCGCACCCGGGCAGAAAAACGGAGAUAAAAGCCCAGUGUGUAGAAGUGUUUGCCUAAGGAGCCCUACUCUGCUUGUUCCUGAAAGGGUUCAUUAGAGAAGAGGAAAUGGCUGUCAGGCACCUGCCAAGCAUGGUCCAGGAAUCAGUGACCUUCAAGGAUGUGGCCGUGCUCUUCACCCAGGAUGAGUGGGCACAGCUGAGCCCUGCUCAGAGGGCCUUGUACAGGGAUGUGAUGCUGGAGAACUACAGCCACCUAGUCUCACUGGGGCUCUUAGGACCCAAACCAGAUCUGUUUGGCCAGCUGGGAAAAGGGGAAGAAUGGACACCAGAAGACGCCUCGCGAGGCUUCUGUCUGGACUGGAUGACUGUCCCUGUGAAUAAAAAAUCUACUCUCAAGACAGAUAUUUCUGAAGAAGAAUUGGAACAAUGGAUGAUAAAGGAAAGAUUCACUAGCAAUCAUUGCUGGAAAUAUGGUAGCCUAUUGGAAUGGGGACAUGGAGACCAGGAGAUAAAGUUGCAGAAAAUAUUACUCACUCACCAGAAAACCUCAUCUGUGGGUAGUGAUCAAGAAUGUGAUGGAUCUGGGAAGUGCUGCAUCAUGAGCUCAUCUUGCAUUCAAAGUCAGGGAUUUCAAUCUAGCAAAAAAGCCUUUGAGUGUAGUAAGUGUGGCAAAGUCUUCACUAAGAGUUCAGCCCUUAGUAAACAUCAGAAAAUUCAUACUGAAAAACUUAAUUCAAAUCAGAAAACUGUUAUUAAAGAGAAACGGUAUAAAUGUAGAGAAUGUGGGAAAGCCUUUCACCAGAGUACACACCUUAUCCAUCACCAAAGAAUUCACACUGGUGAGAAACCUUAUGAAUGUAAGGAAUGUGGCAAGGCCUUUUCAGUGAGCUCCUCACUUACUUAUCAUCAGAAAAUUCACACUGGAGAAAAACCUUUUGAAUGCAACUUAUGUGGAAAAGCUUUUAUCCGAAAUAUACACCUUGCCCACCAUCAUAGAAUACAUACUGGAGAGAAACCUUUUAAAUGUAACAUAUGUGACAAAGCCUUUGUGUGCAGGGCACAUCUUACCAAACACCAAAAUAUUCAUAGUGGAGAGAAACCCUAUAAAUGUAAUGAAUGUGGGAAAGCCUUCAAUCAGAGUACAAGUUUUCUUCAGCAUCAGAGAAUUCACACCGGAGAGAAGCCGUUUGAAUGUAAUGAAUGUGGAAAGGCCUUCAGGGUGAACUCUUCCCUUACUGAACAUCAAAGAAUUCAUACUGGAGAGAAACCUUAUAAGUGUAAUGAAUGUGGGAAAGCUUUCAGAGAUAAUUCAUCCUUUGCUCGACAUCGGAAAAUUCAUACUGGAGAAAAACCUUACAGAUGUGGUUUGUGUGAGAAAGCCUUCAGGGAUCAAUCAGCCCUAGCCCAACAUCAGAGAAUUCAUACUGGGGAAAAACCGUAUACAUGUAAUAUAUGUGAGAAAGCCUUCAGUGACCAUUCAGCCCUUACUCAGCAUAAGAGAAUUCAUACUAGGGAAAAACCUUACAAAUGUAAAAUCUGUGGGAAAGCCUUUAUCCGAAGCACACACCUUACUCAACAUCAGAGGAUUCACACAGGAGAGAAACCCUAUAAAUGUAAUACAUGUGGGAAAGCCUUCAACCAGACUGCAAAUCUUAUUCAGCAUCAGAAACAUCAUAUUGGAGAAAAGUGAUAUGAUUGCAAUUUAUAAGGAAGAGUUUUGAAACUGAGUAUAUGAAUAAUUGAAUUUAAGAGAAUCCAUCUUAGGGGAUAACCAUGACAGCUUAUGUCAAGAUAGUCAUUUUGUGUACUGAGAGUCAAGCUUUACAUUAAUGUGAGUUUUGAGAAUUUUAUAAUGUCAGACACUC